AUGCACAGCGGCCGUGGACGCCGAAAGAACGGCAGUAUUAAAGCCCCCAAGAAUCGUCAGCGCCCUACUAUGUCACAUUUAAUCUCGGAACAGUCCAUUCCAAUUCGCUCAAAAUCCUCGGUGGCCAGCGACGAUAGCGUCGAUACCUCCGACGACACCUCAACCGCUCCCUCCUUCAGCAGUAGUCCGCCGAGCACAAAGUCUGUCACCAACGGUGUUCACCGACCAGCGAUGGCUCGAAAGGCUUCUUCUCCCAUGGCGCCCGCCUUCAUGGUCUCCGCGCCGGGUAAGGUCAUUGUCUUUGGUGAGCAUGCCGUCGUGCACGGUAAAGCUGCCAUGGCCGCCGCCAUCUCCCUCCGAUCCUACCUCCUUGUCACAACCCUGACCAAAUCGCAACGCACCAUCACCUUAAACUUCAGAGAUAUUGGUUUGAAUCACACUUGGAGCAUCGACGAGCUGCCAUGGGACCUGUUUCACCAACCAACGAAGAAGAAGUACUACUACGAUCUGGUCACCUCAAUUGACCCCGAACUUCUCGACGCGAUCUUGCCUCUCGUGGAGCGCAUCUCCCCAGACCUACCCGAAGACAAGCAGAAACAUCAGCGUGGCGCUGCGACUGCGUUCCUCUAUCUCUUCUGUGCGUUGGGUUCUCCCCAGCACCCGGGAGCGAUCUAUACCCUUCGGUCGACGAUCCCAACUGGCGCGGGGUUGGGCAGCAGUGCCAGUAUAUGUGUCUGUAUCAGUGCUGCACUCCUUCUUCAGAUUCGUACUCUAGCUGGACCGCACCCCGACCAACCGCCUGACGAGGCAGAGGUGCAGAUCGAGCGCAUCAACCGAUGGGCAUUCGUUGGCGAGAUGUGUAUUCACGGCAAUCCCAGCGGGGUGGAUAACACGGUCGCCGCAGGCGGCAAGGCCGUGAUUUUCAGAAGAGGCGAUUAUUCCAAACCACCGGCCGUUAGCUCGCUCCCCAAUUUCCCCGAGCUGCCUCUACUGCUCGUGGACACUCGACAAUCCCGUUCCACGGCGGUUGAAGUAGCAAAGGUCGGCCAAUUGAAAGAAGAGCAACCGCUAGUGACGGAAGCGAUUCUCGAUACCAUCGAGAAGGUAAACACUUCCGCCCAGGAGCUCAUUCGGGAAACAGAUUCGUCAGGCAUCUCCAAGGAUACGCUCGAGCGUAUUGGUGCGCUUAUCCGCAUCAACCAUGGCUUGCUAGUCUCGCUAGGAGUCUCUCACCCUCGACUUGAGCGAAUUCGGGAGCUUGUGGAUUUUGCGAACAUUGGUUGGACGAAACUCACCGGUGCUGGUGGUGGAGGAUGCGCGAUCACCCUCCUACGUCCGGAUGCCGAACCGAGUGCUAUCCGCCAAUUGGAGGAAAAGCUGGACGAAGAAGGAUUCGCGAAGUACGAAACUACUCUGGGAGGAGAUGGUGUCGGUGUCCUGUGGCCUGCCGUGGUUCGCAAUGGAACCGAUGAGGAAGGUGGCGAAGAGAUCGACCAGCAGAAGUUCGAAAAAGCAGAUGGCCCUGAAGGUAUCGAGCGUCUCGUCGGUGUAGGCACCCAGGAAAAGAGAGAGGGCUGGAAGUUCUGGAAACGAGCAAUGCAUUAA